GACAAACCGGAACUAAUAUUUACCAGGACCUUUGAGCCGUUACAGAAGUGUCCUUGUGCCGCUAGAGUGACUGUAGUUUCAGCUCUCAAUCAUGUUCAGGCACAUCGUGGGUCUGAGGCAGGUGUGCAGUCGAACAUUCUCCAGUAGUGUUCGCAGGCAGGUUGAAAACAAAGUCCCAGCCAAGCAGAAGUUGUUUCAGGAGGACAAUGGUAUCCCUGUUCAUUUGAAGGGAGGUGCCAAAGAUGCUCUCUUGUACAGGGCAACAAUGGCCCUUACAGUCUUUGGAAGUGGAUUUGUCUUAUACGAGUUGUUUGAAGCAGCAAUGCCCAAAAAGAAGGAAUGAAGAUGCUCCUUUCUCCAUGUAUCAGAUUACCUUUAUCCAGUUGUGAAAAUUUGUCUUUUGUUUUUCUUUUUUUUUUGCAUACAUGGGAUCAAUAUUUAUUGAUUGUUCUCUGGAUCAAUAAUAUGUAAUAAACUGAACACUUUACAUA